GGUGGACAAGCCCGAUAAGGCAGAUCAGUCAUUAUUGGGGUGCCCCUCUCUUGCCCCCUACUGCCAUGUCCCUCCUGCCUGAGGCAGGCGAGACCACCGUCGAGGACGAUAACAUCUGCACCCAAGCGCACUGCUUCCAUGCAUUCGAUGCCCUGUACUGUGCGCUGACAGACAGCGCACCCAUUCCCCCUGACUUUCCAGACGAGAAGUUCCCACUCUUUGUGACCUGGAAUACAAAGUCAUCUCGCCCCGGCCGUGCACCCAGGCUCCGGGGCUGUAUUGGAAACUUUGAGCCGCUUCCUUUGCGAGAUGGCAUUGCCGAAUACGCCCUAAUCAGCGCUUUCAAGGAUAGUCGGUUCAGUCGAAUAGAGGAGAAGGAACUAUCCUUCCUCGAAUGCUGCGUCUCAUUGUUGACCAAUUUCGAGGACGCUUCGUCCUAUCUUGAUUGGACGAUUGGCACACAUGGCAUAUAUAUCACUUUUCCAGAUCCUGCAUUAUACCCGACGUCCCGGUCAUCGUCCUCCGCCUCGUCACCUUUCUCCUCUUCCUCGUUUCUCCCACGCUUUACUUCCAGACGGACCUUGACGGCCACAUAUCUGCCGGACGUGAUACCCGCCCAGGGUUGGGACAAGAUAGAAGCUGUUGAAAGUGCAAUGCGUAAAGCUGGCUGGGCAGGACCAAUCUCAGAAGACACGCGACGGAGUGUCAGACUUCGCAGAUAUCAGAGUGCGAAAUGCACAGUGGACUGGGAUGACUUUGUUCAGUGGCGAAGAAACAACGGAGAUGAAACGAUCUAACGCCAAUAAUGUCCCCCAUCCAGUCAUUUUGGACUAUCUCUUCACAAUUGUAUUGAUUA